AUGGCGCACUUUCCUGGGUUACAGCGAGCCACGGAGAAGGUCUUCCAAAGAUAUUUCCUCCUCACACAGGCCGCGAGUGAGAACUUAGCCAGGGAGGUGCAGGCAGUGACGAGGAUUCAGAGCGUCUUCCGAGCCUCGAAGAUCCGGCGCAGUUGGCGUGCAGUGGUGGGCGCCACGCUCAUGAUACAGCGCGCGGUCCGUGGCUGGUCGGGCCGGCGACGAGCCCGCACUCUCCGAUUCCAGCGUCUCAGGCAGUUGCAGAACCAGUUCUUCCAUCAAUCAGCGGUGGUGAUCCAGCGCUUCUUCCGCGGUUGGUGGAGUCGCAGGCACUUGCAUGACUUCCAGGGAAGGAAGAGGUAUGUCGAAAGAUGCGCACAACGCGGACAAUGGACCCAUGCGUACUUGGCUCAUGAUCACCGCGAGCGCUUGGCACUGGCGAAGAUGGAAGAAGAGCAGCAGAUGAGGCAGGAGUUCCGGGCGGUGGCGGGGGACAUCCACCACCUGGUGAGCACGAAGAGCAUUCCAGGAGUCUACAACCCGCCGUACAAUGACCACCUGCCCAGGGCCUUUGACAAGCCGAUCGAGCAGCACUUGCGAGAAUCCUUACGGCUUCGGCUGCCCAGGUCGAUGCGCCGCCCUCACCGCCUCCAGGCCAGCGCCGUGCGUGGCAGCCGUGUUGGAGUCUCGCAAGCCGAGCAGAUGCUUUCAGACCAGCACACGGCCGGCCCACCGCAAGAGCUGCCGGGCCGCGCGCCCUGCGCCUCGAGGACGGCGAGCACCGGUCGCUGCCAGCGGGUGCAGGGCCCUUUCAGGUCUCGUGAACAGAUCGAGGUGGCCAAUGUGAAGGCAGCCAACCUCUACAAGUCCGUGCAGGCGACGUCUCCCUACGAUGCCGUGGAACGGGAUCUCAAGAUGCAGAACAAGCUCUGCAAGAUGAUCCGCACCUCGCCGGAAGACUUCAAAGCACCAGGGCGACUCGCGGAACGCCCUCCGCCUGCCAGCGUCCACACGUCUGUGCCCUACUUGGAGAGGCCCUUCGAGCUGCGCAACGAUUACCUAGAGCUGCCCAAGAUCAGGGACAAGCCGCCAUUCUACACAGCCUUCCCGAACAACAAGAAUUUUGAGGAGUUGAAUGAGCAGCCUUUGCUUCCAUGUGGUCAUGUCUGA